AUGUUGAAAAAUCUAUUUUCUUUAAAAGCGCGCAAACUACCAUCCUUGAGGUUGAAGGGCUUUUACUUUUAAAGUUCUAACAGGAAGUGCUGUGCCUCACUCUCGCUGGCUUCACCUCAGCCGGAGGCGCACUCAUCCCGCUGUAGAGCUCAUGAAGACGGACCCAGACAGGAUUACCAGCCGCAGACACCCGAGCUGCCGAGCGACAGACCCGGCUUUGGUUCACCUCCACCGGACCGGAGCGCACCGACGUCUCCAUCCACACCGCCACUGACGUGAGGAUAGAGACAGGCGCCUCUGUGUCGCAGCUGUCUCGGCCCUGCCACCCCUCCUGGUACCGUAAAGCAUUCGCCAGCCGACGGGAUGACGGAGAGAACCGAGCCUCCUCACGCACCGACACGUUGAGGUGACGCUCACGUGCCGCCGGGGAUUCUUUACACUGCCACGGGAGCAACAUGGAGAUAUGGAAUGACUUGCCUUUGUGUUAGCAGCAGUUCUCCAUCUUCCCUGAGAGGUCAGAGGUCAGGGUAGGACCGAGAUCAGCUCAGAGGGAGCUGGAUUCUUGCUCAUGGGCACUUCAACAUUGUAGCUGAGUGAACCUGGGAGCCAUGGGAGACCUCAAAUGAGAUGGGUGAGAUAACAUGUCUUACAAGAGCAGAAAUACACAUCGUAUUUUCCUUUGAUAUUAGAAAGUGGGAAGCAGAUGCGCUCUGAGGGGCAGUACUGUGUGAAACCGAUAUAUCAUCAGGUCAUUGGCUCAUCCAUACAGCCCACAGGAGGCGGAUUGAUCAGUGUGACACCAUGAUGGUUGGGGUCACCGUCACCUCGUGUCUCAGGACUCCUGCAGGAUAACAUACCGUCUGGUUCCCCUCUGGGAAGGAACAGAACUACUGGAGCUGGCACCAUGGACUACCACGCUGAGUGCUGCCUCUGCGAUGCUGAGGACAUUCACGGCGGUCCAGACGAGCCGCCACUCCACAGCAUCCACGCUCCUAACCGGAUACGCCCGUCCUCGUACCGAGCCCUGAGGAGCGCCGUGUCCAGCCUGGCCCGCAUUGAUGACUUCUUCUGUGAAAAGAUUGGUUCAGGCUUCUUCUCUGAAGUCUUCAAGGUGCAGCAUCGGAUCACAGGGCAGGUGAUGGCACUGAAAAUGAACACACUGGCUAGCAACAAGGCUAACAUGCUACGAGAAGUUCAGCUCAUGAACAGGCUCUGUCACCCUAAUAUACUCAGGUUUCUUGGGGUUUGUGUGCACGAAGGUCAACUGCACGCUCUGACUGAGUAUAUAAAUGGAGGUAACCUGGAGCAGCUGUUGGACAGUGACCUGUACCUGUCUUGGGGCGUGAGGACCGGUCUGUCUCUGGAUAUUGCCCGGGGACUGCAGUACCUGCAUAGCAAGGGGAUAUUUCACAGAGACCUCACCUCUAAGAACUGUCUGGUUCGCUGUGAUAAUGGGAUGUUCACUGGUGUCGUGGGAGACUUCGGCCUGGCUGAGAAGAUCCCUGAUUACAGUGAUGGUGUGGAGAAGCAGCCUCUGGCCAUUGUGGGUUCCCCAUACUGGAUGGCUCCUGAGGUUCUGAGGGGAGAAGUUUACAAUGAGAAGGUGGAUGUGUUUGCGUAUGGUAUCAUCCUCUGUGAGAUCAUCGCCCGGAUCGAAGCUGAUCCUGACUUCUUACCCAGGACAGAGGACUUUGGUCUGGAUGUGGAUGCAUUUGAGCACAUGGUUGGUGAUUGUCCACCUGCCUUCUUUAGCCUGGCUGUCACCUGCUGUAAUAUGAAUGCAGUGAGGCGCCCCACAUUCGCUGACCUCGUCUUCACACUGGAGAGCAUGGAGACAGAAGAGGAGAGAGAGAAGCUCAUUGCACUAGAGCCAGUGGCGGUAGAUGUCAGCCCAUACCGGUGCCGCAGCUCUCCUUCUCACCCCGGCGACCGUAGCCAGCAACGACUAGGCUUGGCAAGGAGCCAGUCAGACAUGUUGCCCCCAGCUACCUUGACCCCUCCUCUCCUCGGGACUCCUGUGAGGAUCAACCCCUUCUCCCUGAGGCAGGAUCUGAAUGGGGGGCGGUGUAAACUCUUGGACACACCCAGCAAGUCGGUUAUUUCCCUGACCUUCACACUCCCAGCACUUUGUGACCCAUGUGCCUCCCCACACCUCAGGGGGACACAGAGAAUACGGGUGCCACACAGGAGGUGCCAGUCUCUCCCCUGUACCCCAGAACUUGGCCGGACUGUCGGCUUGACAAGAGAUGCUGAGUGGAAGGAGGAAGAAGAAGUCGAAGACAUCAGAUUGGCAGCAAAUAUAGGAGGAGUGGUUGAGGACAACCAGAAUAAAGAGACAGAGCUUUUGGAGAAUGUGGAUAAAACGUUGCAGGUAGAGUUCAUAGAUGUAAAUGAGAAGAGAGAGUUAUUGAAGGAGGAGGAGAGAUUAGAACAGGACUCAGGUCUUCCUGUUGAAAUAGAGAUGUUGUCUUUGGAGCGGUUGGAGGAGGAGGAAGAAGAGGAGGAGAGUCUAUGUCUAACAGAACCAAUGGACUGUACCAAGUCUCCAGAGCCAGCCGAGGGAGUUCUGGACUCAACAUCUGGAAGACCAAGGCCCAGCAACUCAUCUUUACGUACCAAUGGCUGGCAGCUUCCCAUCUCCAAUGGACCGCCCUCCUUGCCUCCGCUACCACAGUUAGACAACAACAAUGGUUCUGGCCUUGUGAUUGGCCAGCAGGUACAAUGGGGAGGAGGGCGAGCUAAUGGUUAUAGAGGAGCCCAGGUCCUGCAGUCUGACCCCUCUGAGCAGGAUGAAGUCAUUUCCUGUCCGAAAUGCUGUCUGGUGGGUCUGAGUUUUCCCUCAGUGUGCCUGCGUGGAACAGCGGCUUUGCCCACCCCCCGCCGAAGGGCUUCGUUACCACGGCAGCGGCCCUACCGGAACCUCAACGGUACCAUUACUGGUGGCAGCCCUUUCUCGCCAACAACAGCGGCCACAGCAACCAAAGCUCUACUGUGUCGCAGCACAAAUGGUUUAGUAGUGGCUGGUUCCUCUGUGCCAUGUGAACCGGGCCUGUCCCUGCCAGAGGCCCAGACAUAAGCCUGCUCAGAGGGGACUUUGUCUUGAAUUUUUGACAUGUGCCAGCACCAAGUGUUAGCAGAGAAACUAAUACCGACCCCAGCCUCUCAGAUGUUAAUUCUGUGAUUUUACAGCAAAAAAAAAAAAAGGGAAAUCUAUUGGUGACUACAGUUCCACUUCAUGUGCUGAAGGAUUAAACACAGCAAAUCUGUGACAGUGAAGAAUGAGGUGGUGUUAAGAGAGAGGAGACAACUUAGAAAGAACACAGCUGAAGCAGACAACAGGGCUCCGGCUACGGGAGCUUCGCUGUAAACUCAACACUGAGCGGUCAGGGUCCCCAGCACAGCAGAGCACUGUGGCUGGAAGGAGCCAAACAGAGCUGCCGCAGCUUGCAGCUCUGCUGAACCAAACCAAACUCAAUCUGCACUGGGCUGUGGUUGACCUGGAUUAAUCGUGUGUGGCUGAUUUACAAGUUCUAGUGUAUCUCCAGUUUAUUACAACUCUGUUCUUAUUUUGGAAUUUGUAGCAAUCUUUAGAAUGAACAUUGCGCAUAAGAACAUUUUGCUCAACAGAGUAACACCAUUAAAAAAUAUGGCAGAUGGGGUUUUUUCAACCUAACUGAAGAGGAAAAAUAAAAAGUAACUGUACUUGUUUCCACUGUAGUGUGAACUGUUGCUUUAGGAGAAAGUGGUUGUCUGUCCACUCGUGCUUCUUGCCCUGUCAGAUUUCAUGUAUGGUACUUCAUGGCGAUGGUUGCGUUAUUGGUAUGGAUGUUUGCUCAAUUGACAAAAAAUAAGACCUGAGUUUAUUGUAACUAAUCUAGUCAAGCUAAUAAACAGGGAUUUUCCUUUAAUCUGUAUAGUACUUUUUUACAGUGGUGUGUGAUGGAAAUUUUGUAAUCCAUUGUCCCUCCCUUUUAUGGAGGAAGUAAAGUACAAAUGAAAACUGCUUUUGUUUUGCAUGGCAGCCCUGGCAGGGUGUCACUGCAGGCCCACUACUGAUGGCAACUGUGCCACACUGGUAAACCCAGGUUCUGUACGGCAUGAACAGAAAAUGAUGGAUGUGAAUGUGGUGCUCUGCCAGCACAGUGUAACUGCAGGUAGAUGAACACAGCACUGUUUUUGAUUCUAUUAAGUAGAUUAACAUUAGCUACAAGGGGAAUAUUUCUAAAAUGAAUAAAGAUUUACUUACCUUUAUAUUUAUUUAUUUACAUUUGCACAUUUUUGCACUUCAGUUAGGAGGGCGACUUUGCAGUAAGACACCAGGCUUUUACUAGAUGGUGCUUUAUUUAAAUCUGUCUUACUGGUGUUUUAUAUGUGCUUCUGGCCCUACAAACGACACACUUUGCAUUCUUUGACAUCCAGUCAGCCUCACAUGUAUCUUGUGUGUGUAGAUGUGCAUUUUGAUUUCACAGUUGUAAUUUAAAGUGGCAUGUGAAGCAGGUAUGAAUAAUUAUUGUACAGAUCAUUCCACACACUGUGUGUGUAUGUGCUUUUGAGUGAAAGGUAGAAUGAUCACAGGAUAAUUUUUAUCCCAUCAUGUUUAACCAUGGUUCUCAUUUCAUUUCAAUGUUUUGUUCCUUUAUACAUCUUGAAUCCUGCGUGCAAUAAUCUGGUAAUAAACAAAUAAGGGUACGAGAAA